GUGGACUCUGUAACCAACGCCACGCUACUUAAUGAGAUGCUCAUGGACUACCGACGCCAUCCAGGUGCUGAGCUUGAAAUCUAUAAGCCGUAUGAGGCGGCAGCCCACAUGCCAGGUCAAUUCGAGGAAGAGAUGGCUAUCACUGAGAGCUCGGUAUGUAUUGCUUCGCAUUUUGUCGAUGUUCCACCGGUCUAACGUACAGCAGCAGCACGUAGCCUCGUCCGAUGUGAUUCAUAUGCUUCUCACGCAACGACAGCCCGCCGAUGAUGAAGAUCUGCCUUCCACAGCAAGACCAUCUCCAGGCAGGAGUUCCUAGAAAGCAGCUCAGAGGUGUCGGAUGUUGUUUGACACACCGUUCUAGAUGUUUUCGGAAGCAAGCAGUUUCUCCUCAAAUCACUGUAGAUCUGGGAUGGAAAGUUCGGAACAAAUGAAGCUCGGUGUCAAAUUUUGCGUGAAAGCAGUAUCGAGCCUUUAUGGUGGGAAUGUCUGCUCACGUUUUAGGAAACAGUCUGGUCCACACGAAGCUCUACCUUGUCACAUUAUUAGAGCAAUCAGGUGACAGCCCACAUCGAACCAUCGCUCGUCCUACAGCAUUCUACUGCAUUGCGUGAUAUGAUCAUCAUCACCAACUGAAGCCUUCGUGCCACGUGCUCGUAAAGUCGGAGUAACAGUCGAGAGUUCUAAACGAUUUGCUCGGGAUAGCGGUUUCGCAAUUCCACCGAGCCGGACUGGACGGACGGUUGUUGGUGUGGUACUCCAAGAGACAAAAAGUCUUGGCUGGCGUUUUU